UAUGGAGCAGGCCAUUAUGUUUAUGUAGUAUUGUUGAAUUGUUUUCUUCCUUGUAUCUUAAAUAUACUGGGCAUUAUUCUUCAAUUAUAUCUACAUACACCAGUGUCUUUUCCAAACAAAGGGAAAAUAUGCACGCCAUUGUAAUUAUCCUUCUGAGUAAUUCAUUAUAUAAUGUUUAUUCAGACAUUUCAUGUUGCACGGAGCCAAAAUGUGACUGCAUUAAACAUGACGAUGGGAUAUUUGCAGACUGCAGUGGCAGGCAGUUAAACUCGUCGCCUACGUUCAACGAAAACGUCACAUCAAUCAAUCUUAGUUUCAACUAUUUAACUUAUCCUCCCUCAAACGAGAAUUUACCGGAUGGUUUACAGGAUCUGAAUGUAUCAAACAAUAGGAUCUAUAGAUUAUCUUUGGAUGGAGAGAGAAUAACAUUUUGGAAAAUAACCGGACUACUUGCUUUAGAUAUAUCAUCAAAUGAAAUAGUAAUAGAUGAAACUUUUUUUUUUCCAAACAUUUUUUCAAAUUUUUCGUUCUUAGAAUUGCUUGAUUUAUCAAGAAAUGUAAUCCCGGAAAAUGGAUUUAAAGAAUUUGACCUAUUGAUGGCCCCAUUGAUUUCGCUACGAUUUCUCUCUGUCGAUAUAUUUUAUAACAUAACAUUCGGUAAAAGAUUUGAGAAACUAUUGAAUCUAAAGUCAUUGAAACUCGCUGGCGUUUGCAACACUUCACGGACUUUUAUUAUUACGGAGAAUUUUUUCCUUUAUCUUCCUUUUCUUGAAUAUCUUGAUGUUUCUACUACAGAAGUGUGGACAAAUAUUCAUGACAGUCUCAGUUCACCUUGUUACUGCUCCUUGACAAGUAUUCACAGAGGAGCUAUAGGUAAACUGGCUGAUUUGAAAUAUCUUGACAUAUCUAAUAACCGAUAUCUUGGACUUUGCGGAUUUCGUAAUAUUACGAACGACCUAAAUCUAACAAGCAUAGAAAUCUUUAGAGCAAGAAAUUUGUAUUGUCAGGACAGCAGAUCUGUCACGUUGUAUUGCGAUGAUAUCAGGUAUUUACGAAAUACCUCCCUCCAAGAACUUUAUAUUGAUGGUAAUAAUAUCGUAAUUGGACAACCAGGAGUACUUGCUUACUUGCCAUCAUCUUUGCUAGUAUUAAGUAUUAGCGAAAACCGUUGGGUGGCUGGAUUAUAUACCUGGUCGCCAUACGAUAAUUUGACAAACCUAGUUCGUAUUGAUGUAAGUAAUAUAAAUAAUCACGAAAUGUCUCAAUCCGGCUCUGCACGUUAUACUUGUUGUUCCCAUUUUUUGGAAGAUAUUUCAUGCGAGAAGUCGAGGAUUAAGAAUGUAAUAGGCGAUUAUAUUACUGGUGGAUGUGCUAACACUACAAACCACUACAACGAUGAUAUCAAACGUAGAAAUUCGGUUGGAACUUCCAUAAAACCAGAUCCAUGGAAGUGUUUUUAUCCACUGAACGAAGACGAAGUCCACUAUAUUGUAGUUCCUGAAAAUGUGAAGUCAAUUAUAAUGAAUAAUUCAAGAUUGGGGUAUGCUAUUCGUUGGACAAUAUUCAAUACUCCGGCCAUUGUUAAUCUAACCUUAAGCAACAAUCAAUUGUAUAGUUUCAUUGGUCCCAUCUGUAAUGUGACAAAUCUCAAAUUUCUUGAUCUUUCAGGUAACCGAUGCUCCACGAUUACUCCAUAUUUUUUCAAUUCCUUACAAUCACUAGAAACUCUUUUACUGAAUGAUAACUUGUUAGGUUUAGCUGGAACACUUCAAAACCGAAAUGCUUUCUUUGUUUUUGGGUCGCUGACUAAUCUUCUGUAUUUAGAGUUGUCAUUAAACAAAAUCACGUCACUUUCGAAGAAUAUAUUUUGGAAUUUGCAGAAAAUAAAACGUAUAAUUUUAAAAGACAAUUUGCUAACGGAUUUUAAUAUAAAUGUAAAACAUAUGCCAGAUCUGACCUUUCUAGAUUUAUCUGAAAAUCAAAUUCUUUACUUAUCAAAUGACGCAAUAGAUGGCAUUAGGCAACGUACAAGCAGGAAUCUGAUUAUUGACCUUUCCAAAAAUCCAUUUAUGUGUUCAUGUGAUUCUCUUAAAUUUCUGAAUUGGUUACAAUUAAAUCAACGUGUGUUUAAGGAUUUUUCUAAAUACCAAUGUUCAAAUGCUACAAAUUAUGAAACUUUAACGGAUGCUGUAAUAUCUCUAAACAAAAAAUGUUCUUCAUAUACUGCUUUGGUUAUUGUUAUUAUGCUUCUGAUUAUUGCAUUUUUGGUUUGUCUCAUAAUAGCUAUAAUAUACAAAAACAGAUGGAAGUUAAAAUACUGGUAUUAUAUUGCGAAACGUAAUUAUUUUCAGCAUGAUUACAUGUGUUUGGAAGAUAGACAAAAAUACAAAUUUGAUGCUUUCCUUUCUUACGCUGACGAGGACCGUCUUUUCGUUAUUAUGAACAUUAUAAAAAAUCUCGAAGAAAAGGAGAAUUUUCGUCUAUGCGUUCAUGAACGGGAUUUUAUUCCUGGGUGCGAUGUCGCAGACAAUAUCAUAAAUGCUAUCCAUAAUAGUCGUAAAGUUAUUUUCGUAGUAACUCCUUCUUUUCUUAGGUCCAGAUGGUGUAUAUUCGAACUCAAUAUGGCUUAUAUGGAAUAUGUUGUUUCCAGGCAAGGUUUUGAUUGUCUCAUUGUGGUGAUAAAGGAGAAAAUAAGUGAAAGAGACAUUCCUAGAAACAUGUAUGAUAUCAUGAAAGACGAGAGCUACUUAAAAUUUCCGGAUGAUGAAGCAGACGAAGUGACUUUUUGGGAACGUUUGAUCGAUGCCUUACGGUAGAUUGCAUAGACAAAGACAGGGUUUAUCUCUGUGUGUAUAAGAGAAAAAGAGCGUUUGUGUGUGUGUGUUAGAGGAUAAGAGAUAGACAACACUGUUUGAUGUAAUUAAAACAUAAUUUUUAUUGAUGUUGUAUAGAGUGCAUAUGCCAACUUAUUCCUGGUACAAUUGUGGUGUGUUUAAGUCUGGCUUUACUCACCACUAAAUGUAGCUAAUUAUUUUGUUUACAUUUCAAUAUUUUGUUUACUUAAUCUGAGGCACUAGGUCCUGUUAGUUCUUAUAUCUAAUUUAAGGAACAAAAGCAUUCAGUUUCAUUUUUUGUAUUGAUCUUCCUGAUUUAGAUUCAUAUUUGACAAUGACCCGUCAAUGUAGUCUUUUUGCAACAAUAUUUUGCCAUCUUUAAAAUGUCAAUGUUUGAUAAAAUAAACUAAUUAUAGAUA